AUGAUUGCAAUAAAGAAGAUAAAGGGACUGCCUACUGAGGCUGCGAAGCUCUGUGAAGAAGAUACGGAAAGUUUAGAGAGCAAUAUGCAUGCACUCAAGUUGGAGAUACAGGCUGUCGGAAGAAUAAGGCACUGCAAUUUGCUACCUCUUCUUGCUCAUGUUCCACGCCAAAACUGUAAUUUACUUGUGUACGAGUACAUGAAAAAUGGUAGUUUGCAAGACUUAAUGGUAAAAGUAGCCAAUGGAAGCACAGAGUUAGAUUGGUUAAUUCGACAUAAGAUAGCCAUUGGAAUGACUUAUAGACUUGAAUAUCUCCAUAUAUAUGAACAUAAUCGCCGUAUCAUUCACAAAGAUCUCAAGCCACGCAACAUCCUUCUUGAUGAUGACAUGGAGCCUCGUAUUGCAGAUUUUGGGCUAGCAAAAGAAAUGUUAAUCGAUAACACUCACGGGCUGAUUCUUGGAAGUUUGGUGAUAGGAAAGCUAUUGGAAGAUAAUUUCUUUCAAGAAACAAGAAGGGUGGAUAUGAAGAUAUGGAUGAAAAAUAUUAUGUCUUCGGAGGAUCCUAAAAGAGCAAUUGAUUCUUCGCUAAUGGGUAAUGGGUAUGAAAAGCAAAUGCUUCAAGUGCUAAAUAUUGCAUGCUAUAGCACCCAUAUUGACCCUGAAUAG